AAUUAUCUAUGUAUUUUGCAAUCUCAGUCAUCAUGAGCACAUGGUGAGUAACAGUUUAAUCGGGAAAUAGGAUUCAAGUGAACCGUGUAAUCGGAAUGAUCAGCAGUCUAACGUUUGUCUCGCGAGGCAGAAGUUCAAGUAUAAUGCUACUUUUUCUGUGUGUGCUGUAUCUCGUCCUGUACCACCAGGCAUCUGGGAUGAACGUUCAGCAUCGUCAAAAGCGAAAUAUCGGCCAAAAGUCUGUUCCAGCAUGGAUGUUAUACGCACGCAGCCUUUGCGAGCCCCGUGAAACGCUUGUUAAAGUUGAGGAUGAAUUCCCCGAGGUGAUGAACAUGCGUAUUUUCCCCUCGUGUGUGCCCCUGAAGCGCUGUGGAGGCUGCUGCUCCGAUGAAGCAACGCUGUGUGUGAAUGUGAGCUCGUACACCACUGUGAUGCAGUUUAUGCAGUUGAAUGUGCAAGGGGAGACUAUUGAUCUGCAGUUUGUUGAACACAGCCAGUGUGAAUGCAGGUUCAGAGACCAGCUAUGAUGCUUACUGGAAACAGCUCAUCCAUGCCACAUAAAUUGUGAUCUGCUUAUUUAACCAGUUAUUUUAUAUUUUAUGGAGUUAUUUAAAUGAAUUCG